AAUGAGUAUUUUUUAAUGAUAAUAUCUACCAAAUUCACUUUGUUACAGGAUCGCAGUAGUGCGUAUGACACAAUGAAGUUUACUAACUUUGAGUCACAAUUGAUGGACAUAAUGAGGACCACGACUAUGGACCAGGCAGACCAAAUAAAAGCCAGGAAUUUCAGACAGCUGUUGGCUGGCAAAGUCCACCAUUUCUUGUUCAAUGAGGACAUCCCUCUCACAGAGGAGUGCAAUCUAGACCAGACGGUUCCCAGCUUGGGCUCUCCUGUCAACACAUCACCAGGUUGUGAACGCGUUGAACGAUUCUCGCGAAAAGUGUUUGUGGGCGGUCUACCACCCGAUAUAGAUGAAGAGGAGAUAACCCUAGCCUUCCGUAGAUUUGGGCCUGUAGUUGUAGAUUGGCCGCACAAAGCUGAGAGCAAAUCCUACUUUCCACCAAAAGGCUACUCUUUCCUGCUGUUCCAAGACGAGGUUUCCGUCCAGAGCCUCAUAGAGGCGUGCAUUGUAGAUGAUGACAAGUUGUAUUGGUGCGUCUCCAGCCCUACCAUGAAAAACAAGCCGGUUCAGAUUCGUCCAUGGAACCUCAGUGACUCUGACUUUGUGAUGGAUGGUUCCCAGCCCCUUGACCCCAGGAAGACCAUCUUUGUGGGCGGGGUACCGAGGCCUCUACGAGCAGUGGAGCUAGCCAUGAUCAUGGACAGACUGUAUGGGGGUGUCUGCUAUGCGGGUAUUGACACGGACCCAGAACUGAAGUACCCCAAGGGCGCUGGGCGGGUGGCAUUCUCUAAUCAGCAGAGCUACAUAGCAGCUAUUAGUGCCAGAUUUGUGCAGUUGCAGCAUGGUGACAUUGAUAAGAGAGUCGAGGUGAAGCCAUAUGUACUAGAUGACCAGAUGUGCGAUGAAUGCCAGGGUGCCCGAUGCGGAGGCAAGUUUGCGCCAUUCUUCUGCGCAAAUGUCACCUGCCUCCAGUAUUACUGCGAGAACUGCUGGGCCCAGAUCCACGCUAGGCCAGGAAGGGAGUUCCACAAACCCCUCGUGAAGGAAGGGGCUGACCGGCCCCGUGCUGUGCCCUUCAGGUGGUGUUAAAGAGGCUUGUGUUAGGCUGACUUGAAG